AUGAGUGAUUCCACACAGAACCAGCCAAUCACAGACCAGCAACGAAUCGUCUUGGCUCAGUUGGCUCUUCUUCUUCCGUUGGAAAAGGUCCAGCCCCAAAAUGAGUUCCAAACCUCGCCACAGCUCAAGCAUAUUUUGGGCGGCACUCUCGGAACCUCUGUUGAGUCUGUUUUUCCCUCUCUGCUCGUUGGCGCGAAAGAAAUCGCUGCCAAAUACCCAGAAACGUCACUUGAAGAUGUGACCAGAGAACUCGCACAUUCCAUCGGGAACAGUCUUUCUCGAUUUGAGACACAGCUUGUGGCUAUUGCUUUGCUUCAAUUUUUUAUUCAGUGUAAUUUCUGUGGGCCUCAGAGACCGCUCACCGCUGUGGAGUUCCCAUUUGGUGAGGAGCACGCUGCAAAACUACAGAAGGAUGCCAUUGAGCUUCUCAGCUUGGAGGGCCAGAGCUCAUAUGACUUUGUGGUGGAGCCGUUUUUCUUGGUGCUUUCAUUGGCGCUUUUUGAACAUCUAAUGGGCUGUAGCCACCUGCUUGUCACCAAUAGCGCUGUAAAGACAGACGAAGUUUUGGCAGAGGGUACACGAUUCGUCGAAGAGCUCGCGUCUUCGUCCUCUUCUGCUGAAUUUGCCUCGUUGUCAUGGUGGCGCACUAGAGCAUUGCAGGCACACCUCUCGAUUCUCCUGGAACCGGUGGAUGUUCUUGCCACUCUAUCGUCUGUGCUCCUUCAACAACCUGUUUUGAACGCAUUGCUUCCAGAUUCAGCCUCUUGCGACAAUGCUCAUAUGCUCCGGCAAAAUUUGCUGAUGGUGUUCUUCCUCGAGAAUGCCAGAAACGCAAUCCACGCUCAGACAGAACACCUCGCCGAGCCAUUUUUGGCUGCUGCCACGAAAAUCUCUCAACUAGACUUUGUGCUUACCGGCGCCAAGGCUAAGCGUACUAAGUUCCAGACCUUCCAUGCAUCGUCAUUAGUUCUUUUAGCCAAAAGUCAAAUGGAGGAGUUUUGUCCUGAACAUACUGCAGAUGUAGCUCCUCAAACAUACGAGUUGAACUCUGACUUGCUUUUGGAAAAGCCACAAUAUGAGUCGCUUGAUUUCGACGAUAACAACAAUAGCGAGGACCCUGCUCAAGAGGCUAAAAAAAUCAAAUUGGAUGGUGAUUUGUCGUACCUUGUCCUGGAAAAAGAAAAACUUCUUCCAAUUUGCAUGCAAUCAACUGAUAUCCCGAUCGCGCUUCGCUCUCUCAACCCUAAUGAACAGCCCCCUUUGGUGAACCUCGAUGUUCUCCAAUUGCUUUUGCGCCUUGUAAUCAUCAAACAGACCUCUCCCUCUGGUAAUGCUAUGGUAGAAGAGGAAUUGCUUGCUGUCGUGAGCAGAAUCAUUUAUUCGAGCCAAGGCAAUAAUAAUUGGGCAAUCUUUGGCCGCGCUCUCUGGGAAAGAUCGCUUUUAGAAACUUCCAAAGCUCGCACAGUUGAGAGAGGUAUCUUGCAGAUGACCUCAUUGGUCGAGGAGGCUGGUAUUCACAUCAAAACCAGAACCAUUCCUCAAUUGCAAGAGACCACAUGCGAAGAUGUCCAUUCCAGACUUAGAUAUAUGCACCAACUUCCAUUGAUGGGUCACUGGAAGAUGGAUGCCAAAUUGGCCGAAAAAUACAUGGCACUCGGUGUUAUCAAGUCUGCAAUCGAUAUCUACGAAAGAUUGAAUAUGGUCACCGAGGCUGCCUUGUGCUACGCUGCAAUCGACGAGGAGCAGCAAGCAGAACGUAUGUUGGUUGCACGUCUUGAGAGCCACCCUAAAGAUGCCCGCGCUAUCUCCAUUCUCGGCGACAUUCGUCAAGACCCACAGUUGUGGGAAACUGCGUGGGAGGUGGGCCACUAUGCCAAGGCCAAGGCUUCUCUCUCCAGAUACUACUACCAGCCCCCAGCUGACUCUGGAUUGAAGAGAGACUUGCAGUUGGCUUUGCAACAUAUGCAUGAUUGUUUGAGUGCCAGUCCGUUGAACUACGAGAACUGGUUUUUCUAUGGCUGUUGUGGCCUUGAGAGUGGCAAUCAAGAAAUUGCUGCUGAAGCAUUCACAAGAUGCGUGUCUUUGGACGACACAAAUUCACACGCCUGGUCUAACUUGGCCUCUGCAUUGCUCAAACUCGAUAAAACGAAGCAAGCGUUUAACGCUUUGAAGAGAGCCUUGCAACAAGGCGAGGGUGCGAAGCGUUCGUGGAGAAUCUUUGAAAAUUACUUGUUGGUGGCCGCAAAGCUCGGCGAAUGGAACGAUGUUUUGCAUGCUUCCCGUGAGCUCUUAAAGAUUAGAAAGGAAGAAGGAGGUGAGGUGGUUUUGGACAUACCAGUGCUCGAGAAGCUCGUCCAGCUUCUUGUAGAGGAGCCAUACCCUGCAGAUCAACGCAGAUCGCAUUUCCAACUGUCAUGUAUUGAUUUGAUUUGCAACAUGGUGCCAUCUGUCGUCAACCAUAAUGCUAGAGUGUGGAGGCUCGUGGGAAGAGUCGAGAUCUGGCAAGGAAAGCCCUGGGCUGCUCUUGACUGCGCUGAAAAAGCUUAUAGAGCCACAUCUCUUCGUCCAGACCUAGACACCUCCGAAGAAGCUUGGAACGAGGCUGUCGAGGCAUGUUCUGAUCUUGUUUCUGCAUACGAGUCUCUUGGAGAACUUCCUGGAAAGCAUGGUGCUGGAGAUGUGGUAUGUAAGGACUGGAAGUACAAGGCUCGCUCCAGUGUGCGGUCUCUUAUGUCCAAGGGAAAGCAAAUGUGGGAAGACUCCACGGGUUGGGAUACAUUGCUUGAAUUGAAAGAGCAAAUAGCGUCAUUGUAA